AUGAAGACCUUCAUCCUCCUUGCUGUCCUGGGAGCUGCUGUUGCACUUCCCAUUGAUGGCGAUGAGGACAAGAUUGUAGGGGGCUACACCUGUGAGAAGAAUUCCCUGCCCUACCAGGUGUCCCUCAACAUUGGCUUCCAUAACUGUGGUGGUUCCCUCAUCAGUGACCAGUGGGUACUGUCUGCAGCUCACUGUUACAGGCCGAAAAUUCAGGUGCGUCUGGGAGAACACAACAUCAAUGUCAUUGAGGGUGAUGAGCAAUUCAUUGAUGCAGUCAAGAUCAUCCCACACCCCACCUACGAUAAAGACACCUUAAAUAACGACAUCAUGCUGAUUAAACUGAAGUCACCUGCUACCAUCAGCUCUCGAGUGUCCACUAUCUCUCUGCCAAGAUCCUGUCCAACUGCAGGGACUCAGUGCCUCGUGUCUGGCUGGGGCAACACCCUGAGCUCUGGAAUCAAAUAUCCUGAUCUUCUGCAGUGUCUGGAUGCUCCUGUGCUCUCAGACACUGCUUGCCAUGAGGCCUACCCAAGAAAGAUCACUAGCAACAUGUUCUGUCUGGGCUUCCUGGAGGGUGGAAAGGACUCCUGCCAGUGUGACUCUGGUGGCCCCGUGGUCUGCAAUGGAGAGCUCCAGGGCAUUGUCUCCUGGGGCUACGGCUGUGCUCUGAAGGGCAAACCCGGUGUCUAUGCCAAAGUCUGCAAAUACCUGGACUGGAUUCAGGAGACCAUCGCUGCCAACUAA